AUGUCUACCACGUCGUUGCUGUCCAAGAGAGAAAGGGUCCCAUCCGACAGUUGCAUUCCACCGGCUCCUGGAGUAUGUGGCGCGGAUAGACCGGAAGCGGUAGACUUGCCAGUGCAUCCUCCCGAGCGACCGUGGAUAAUGUCGUUGAAACCUGCUCCCCGAAGGCUGUAA